CGACGUCACGUGGUGCGCUGCGUCGCUGUACACACGUGUGUCUGUUUUGAGUGUAAUUUUUUUCUACUGCGCUUUAAAAUGGCUCAGAAUUUUAAAGGUAAAAAUCCGUUUCAAGGUAAAAACCUAAAAAAGGAUUAUUCAAAAGGCCCCCGGGCAGCUGGUGUUACAAAGAAGAGAAAAUGGGUCCCGGCGAACAAGUUUUACAGUGGGAGUGUAAAAGAAGGUCAGGGAUUUGCCUUCAACAGGAAGCAGAAAACACAACGCCAAUACAAUAAACUCCUCCGAAAGGAGAAGUGGAGAAUGAAGGACUUCAAGCCACAGCUGACAGACAAUUAUCCAGAACACCUGAAGCAUCUCUACAUGGCUGAACAGGAGAGGAUGGAGGAAGAAGAGCAAGUGAAUAGAAAUCGCAGGAGAAAAGUAAAAGCUGCUAAUACUGAUGAGGAUGAAGAAGAGGACAUGACACAAGCUUCUGUCCAAUCCCCCGACUCAGUGGAGAAAUCUGCCUCUGCGGAUUCAUCUAAUGAACCACCACAGAGUUCACAGAGCGAGAGUUCACAUAAGGACUCACAGAGGUACACAAAAAAGAAGAAAAUGUCUUCCUAUCAGAAGGCAAAGCAAGAAUACGAGACAUUAAAGGAGGAAAGGGAGAGAAAGAGAGAGGAAUAUCUGAAAGACAAAGAGCAGAGAGAGGAAGCUCUGAAGAAGUACAAGGAAAAGAAACAGGAAAAAUAUCAACUGCUGAAGAAGAAGACCAAGAAGGGUCAACCCAACCUUAAUCUGCAGAUGGAGCUGUUGCUUCAGAAGAUCCAGUCCCAGCGCAAAUGACAAUGGAGGAAGCAGCCUGUGUUUAAAGACCCAAUUCGUCACCCUUUCUGACACAGUAGAACAGACUGAAACAAAAAGUACAAAGCAGUACGUACUUUUAUGUUUUUGUAACAACAGCUGUGACACUGUUUCUGUAUCUCCUGUUUUUAAGACAUUUUUUUCCACACAUGGCGAACCUUUUAUGGGCUGGCUGACAAAAUAAAACCAUUAGGAAUUA